AUAUUUGGCGAAAAGCAUUUAUAUCUCCAAUCAACAACAAAAUACCACCACUGAGAAGAGCGACAACAACACCAUCAUCAGCGAACAGCAACCAUAACACCAAAGACAAAAGCAGCAGCAGCAACAACAACCUUUGGGGAAAGAACUCUAGAACUCACGCACAACGUGAGAACGGCAUUGAAACGAUAUUUUAAGAACUGUUGGACGACUUCAGUUCAGUGAUUUUCUGUCCGUUGGAACAAACGUUGCACACUGCUAGAACCCCAUCUCGUUGUCUCGUCGUGACAAACGUCCGUGCCGUUGCCGCGUGUGUGUUUCUCUGUGUUUGCUAGAGUGUAUGAGAGCUUCAUCUUCCUCUUCUUCGUGUUAGCAUAUUCAAGUUUUAUAGAAUUUAUUUUUUGAAAUUCUUAAAGAAAAAGAAAAAAGAAAUUUGCAUAAAAAUAUAGGCGACCAACUCACCGACGACUACACUACCCACGCACACACACACACACACGUUCACUUUGCUAGAUUGACGUCUCGACGGUAUUGUACGCGCCGCGUUAGAAUUGUUCUUGUGGUUGUUGUCUUUUAUUUUUGUAUUGUCCAACAAUAACAACGGAAAAAAUUUGGCCUACCUCAGCGCUACGAACCGGAGGUGUGGUAGACAAUUGACGAGCCAGGACCCCAAAGAUCCCUGCAAUAAUUCAACAACGGAAGGAGUUGCUUCGAAAUCCUAGACAAAGCUAGCUGGAAAUCUCUAAACAACAACGACAACAACAGCAAACACUACUAUCAACAAAUAAACUACAACAGCAACAAUGGCAUCAGGAGUAUGUGUAACAAGUCUGCGUAUGCUAAUGCGGCGUACAGCAGAUUUUACGCACUACAGCCGUCGCAGCCAAACCGGCCUGCGUUUCGUACCACUGGCGACUGUAAGCGUGAACUCAUGGAACUUUGGAGGACGACAAAGUUAUUGCACAAACACCAGUGAAGACUCAAACUCAGGCAUUGCCAAGGCUUCUUCAUCUCCUUCAAAGACCGGCACUAACACAAAACCCUCAACUGUCAAGAAUGACAAGAAAAAUGUAAAAAUUGACAAUGAAAACACGCUCACAUUAAAUGAAGAAGAUUUAAAAGCCUCUUCCCGUUCAUAUUCCCCAAUAGAAAUUGAUUUGAAACAAAUGAAACUGCCAGAGCUGAAGGCUUUGAGCCGCAAUUGUGGCUUGAAGGUUAAUGGGAAAAGGGAAGACCUUAUCAAACGAUUGCAGCAUUACAUCGGGUCGCCAAUCCAGAGUGCCUCGACAGAGACCAAUAGUGCAGCUGAUGUAGUUCAAAUUUCGGCCAAUCCAAUGAACAAAAUUCAAAACAAUUGCCUUGACGAUACAGAUCCAAAAGUGCACAACGAAUCUGACGAAGCUCUCAAUGGAGACGUAUCCGUCGAAUAUAUUCAUGGCUUGCCACAUCUUACCAUACCUCUUCCCAGCAGAAACGAAAAAUGCCGUUUUGCACUUAAACCUGUCUCACAUCGUGUCGGAGAUUUAAUCGAUAUGCUGAAAACCGAAGAUCGGGGCAUUGAUCGUGCAACGAUACUGAAUCAGUCAGGUGUUAGAAUAGCAUCAACGUGUAACAUAGAAAGUCUCAUGGAUGAACCUUUUUGGAUACACAUCAAUGACCAGAAAUACAAAGUUGUGCCACCAAAACGGGAAAGGGUGCAACUUGAAGAUCUAAAAAAACUGGGAGAUGUCAAAGCCUUAGUAGCCCAGCUAUACGAAGCCUUGCAUGUGGGUGAAUAUCACAUAGAAAAGGAACAAGAAUUGAAUACAAAACUUGAAGACUUAAAAUAUCAAUUGGCUCCUUUGGAAAGGCAAAAAAGCGAACUUAGUGCCCAGGCGGAACGAAAAACCAAUAUUAUGACAUGGGUUGGCUUGGGUCUGAUGUCGGUGCAAUUUGGUAUUUUGGCACGCCUUACGUGGUGGGAAUACUCUUGGGACAUUAUGGAACCUGUUACAUAUUUCGUUACCUAUGGCACGGCCAUGGCCAUGUAUGCCUACUACUGUGUAACAAAAACGGAAUACAAUAUACCCGAAGUGAAAGACCGCCACUACCUCCUGACCCUGUACAAACGUGCCAAAAAGAGGAACUUCGAUGUGGAGACCUACAAUUCGCUGAGACGCCAAAUCGCUGAAAUUGAAUAUGACUUACGUCGCUUGCGCGAUCCUCUGAACUUGCAACUGCCACCUCAUGUCGACCGUUCUCAAGAGAAGCCUCCACUAAACCCUGGCCAGCAUGCGGCUAUCACCGCCAAAUCCACUGACAUCUCAAGUUCCAAUGUAGUGAAGAAAUCUGGCUUCAAAAUACCCUUUUUGGACUCGAAAAACUAAAUGAUGCCAUUUGACAACCCCAGCAAUAGGAAAUUUCACGAUGACAAUGAAUGAUGUAUAAAUCGACAUUCAUACAUACCCAGACACACUCACACACAACUUAAAAAGCAUUUUCAUUUAAUCUAAUUCUACGUUGGUACUUUGUUUCGUGGUUCUCCGGACCGGACCCAUACCUCAUUCGAAAUGCUGUGCUUUUACAACCAUUUUACUUAAAUUACCUAAAAAAUAUAUUUUUUUUCGUUUUUAACUAACACUAGCAAAAGAAUAACUGUAUUGAAAAUCCGUUCUAUGUUGCAUUGUACAGUUUGUUUAAAAAAAAAAAAAACUUUAACUUUGAAAAUGAACCAUUUUCGCACUUGCACCCUAUGAUAUUUUGAUUAUUUUCUGUUUGGAUUUUUUUUUAUUUUUUGUAUUCCCAUUUCACGUUAAGUAUUUAUUUUGCUUAAUUCAUUUUUUAAGUUUUAAGUUAGAAAAUUUGUGCUUAUUUUAAUGUUAGGAUCACCAAUCGGACAAUAUUUGGAAAUGAGGGAUAUUUUUUUUUCGAAAAUAUUGAUUUGUUCAUUUCCAUUAGCUAAUUUGUAUUUUUAUUUGUGUAAUUUUAUUUUUUAGUUUUGCCAAUAUAUACAUACUUUUAAAUUUCCCUUUAUUGCAAUCAUGUAAUUGUGAAACAUUUUAAUUUUAUUUUAAGUGCAUAGCGUGUUUCAAAUCUAUAUUAAAAUUAAUAAAAAGUUAUUAUUUUAUGUA